AUGUCGCCGCUCCCGCAAACGCCGCCGCGGCCUAAGCGGGUCACCAUCCAGACCACCACCCCCGUCGAACUGCCCGCCCUCAAACGGAUGAUGGCGCUGCCGUUGAAAGGUCUGCCGCUGAAGCUGAAGCAGAUCAAACGGGCCCCGAAAACCGGGAUGCACACUCCCGAGUACACCCCAAAGCGGAAACGGAAGUUUGCCGACGACAUCUUCGCUCUGCUCCACCACGACUCCCACCACGACCGAUUCAAUUUUGGUGUGUUAUUGCCGCUGCCGCUGACCAUCGGCUCGGGCCGCGUCAUUGGACGUAAAGAUGCUGGCCAUCUUGCGCCGUCGAUGCCGCUGCCGGAAGCCCACCACGCGUUUAUCCUGAAGAUCUCGCCCGACUUCCUGUUUGAGGAAGAAGUGGGGACGGAGCUUGUAACGCCGAGUACCCCUGGUCCCCAAAUGAUCACUGAAGACUUAGUCGACCAAUGGCACGGUAAACUGUUUAAACAAGUCGAUAGCUCGUCAGAGGAAGAAGACGAUAGCGACGACGACUGGGGCUCAGAGCCGAAGAAACCCAAACAACUAAAGAACCCGUUUGUCGAAUCUUCCUCCUCUUCUUCUAUUGUUACCCAAAAUAAGCGCCAGCGCCGAGUCAACCCGUUUGCCCUGUCGCCAGUGGCGGAACCGGUCGACUACCUGACCCACCUCGAGAUGGUGAACAACCGCACCGGCGAACGCAAGGUCGUCCGCCUCAGUGCCGCCCAGCAGAAGCACAAGCCCAAGCGGCUCGACUUCUCCAACAUCUAG